CUAUGACGUGCAAGGUUCUCUUUAUAAGCAGCGUAUGCAAGGAUCACCCACAACCCGCAAACCCUGUCCCUCCUCCAUCCUGAGAAAACACACCAGAGCAGCCCUGCAGAUAGCUACCUGGAAAGCAAUUAAGACCAAGGUACAAUCCAGCAAGACUUUAUUGCAUCACCGGACUACAAACAUGAGUGCAACACCUAAGCAUUCCUUAAAAUGCCUCUUGCUGAAGUUGGAUUGUCACUUUACUUGGAAUUUACAGAAGGAGAAUAUUACGGUAUCUGAUGCAGAAGAGAGAAUUGAUGACCAGCUGGAAUAUCUGACCAUGAAAUCCAAAGUCACCCUUUUUAACUUACUGGCCUAUGUGAAACAUCUAAAAGGUCAAAAUGAAGAAGCUUUAGAAAGCUUAAAAAAUGCAGAAGAAAGAAUUCAAGAAGACUACCCUAAUGAAGUGGAAAAAAGAAGCCUUGUGACCUGGGGAAACUAUGCCUGGACCUAUUAUCACCUGGACAGACUUACUGAAGCCCAGACUUACCUGGACAAGGUGAAGGCAAGUUGUAAGAAGCUGCAGAGUCCUUUCCUCUAUAAAGUGGAACUUCCAGAAAUUGAGUGUGAGAAAGGGUGGUCACUACUCAAGUUUGGAGGGACAUAUUAUGAGAAGGCUAAAGCCUGCUUUGAAAAGGCCCUGGAGUCAGAGCCUGAGCACCCCGAAUUUAAUACUGGAUUGGCCAUUGUCAUGUACCGAAUGGAUGACUUUGAGAGAGAUGGCCAUAGUUCUAAAAGUCUUUCUUUGAACCCUCUGAAGAAAGCACUUAGGCUAGAUCCUAAAAGUACAUUUGUUAAGGUUCUCCUGGCACUAAAGCUUCAGGACGUAGGGGAAAAUUCUGAAGGAGAAAAAUAUAUUAAAGAAGCCCUUAACCAAGUGGAAUCUGAGCCCUAUGUCUUACGCUAUGCAGCAAAAUUUUACCGGCGAGAAGACCAACCAGAGAGGGCUAUUGAACUUUUAAAAAAGGCCUUAAAACUGGUACCCACCUCUGCUUUCCUGCAUCAUCAAUUGGGAGCUUGUUACAGGAAACAAAUGAUACAAAUCAAGAAGGCCACAAGGAACAAGCCUAGGGGAAAGGACAAACAGGACAUAGACAGACUAAUACAAACUGCCAUAUUUCAUUUUGAAACAGCCAUCAGACAGAAAUCUCUAUUUGUGUAUUGUUACUUAGACCUGGCUGGCAUGUAUGGUGAAGCAGGUCAGCUUGGAAAGGCAGAGAACAUUUUUCAAAAAGUGCUAACCAUCGACCAUGUCCGAGAAGAAGAGAAGCAGCAGGCGCACUUCAGAUAUGGCCGCUUCCUGGAAUUCCAGAGGAGGGAUGGAGAACUUGCUAUGUACCACUAUUUAGAAGGGAUAAAAGUAAAGCCCAGGUUUUGCACCGUAAUUGUUGAGGCUUUGAAGAAUUUAGCUCUCAAACGGCUGAAUCAGAAUUGCUUAGAUGCAAAGAGCUUGGGAGCCCUCGGCUUCAUUCACAAGCUCAAUGGAGAGAAGAAACAAGCAGUAGAGUAUUAUGAAAGAGCCCUGAAACAGGAUCCUAAAAAUAGUGAUUACAUCAGUGCGCUAUUAGAGCUGCGUCUAUCCAUUUAAAAUCCCACAUUUCAGAAUGGAUUUUUAAUUAUUAAUUUUUUAAAACAACUUAAAAUAC